AUGGCUCUCACCAGGACGCUGCACCUCGUGGCUCUGAUCUUGCUGCAAGGGGAUCUUCCAGGAGCUGGCAGUGAAACCACAACUCUAAAGGAAGGAGAAGACCUGCAUCUCCCCUGCACCCUCAGCAGUGACAGCAGCUCUGCCCGGCAGUGGUUGAACCCUCAGGGCUUUGCCAUUUUUCUGAACAGCCAGCGGGGUUUAAGAGAUCGGAGGUACAAACUUGUCCAGUAUUCAAAGGAUGAACUGACCAUCCAGCUGUCUAAUGUAACAGUGCAUGAUGAAGGCAUCUAUAGAUGCUUCUACUACAGCAUCCCAUUCAAAAGCAAGAACAAGACUGUUGAAGUAUUAGCUGCUCCUUCUAAUCCAGUACUGGAAGUGUCCCAGGGCAGAGAAAGAACUAUUAUACUGUCUUGCUACACCCAAGGAUGCAAACCACAGCCCCAGGUUUCCUGGCUUUUGGACAACGGGAUAGAGCUCCCUGGUGACACUAAGCACAAGUUAGAAGCUGAUGGGAAGAAAUGGAGCACGACCAGCACCCUGACAGUCCUGGCCUAUGGGCCCAACUCCUCAGCCAGCUGCAUCGUUCGCCACCGAGCACUGGGAGAAGAGAAUUUGAUGGCAUCUUUCUGGUUUGGGGACCUCUCUAGGAUAGCGACAAAACCAAAUCCUACACCAACUAUGCCAGAGGUGGAUACACGUGUCUCUGAGAAGGAGCAGUCUACAGGAUCUGAACAACCAACCAGCCCUUCUGCAGCAGCAGAGGAUUCAGUAGGUGCCAGCUCAACAUCAACACCAACUCAGCAAAACCUCCAGCCAAAUGUCACAUCUGCUUGGUCUGAAGUAACAUCAGAUGCAGAGGGAAAUAGAGAAUUGGUUGGUUCAUGGAGUCAUCAUGUACCCAAGGGGACUGAAGCAGCACUCAGAGGCAACACCACAGAAGAGGAACUUCCCAGGACAGAACCCACAUCACCAAGUGAAAAUGUGACAGUGAUUCCUGCCAUCACCUGUGAGAAAGACCUGAACUCUGAAAGCUUCCAAAAGAAGGAGAAUCAUCUCCUGCUGCCUAUCUUGGUGACUGCUCUGAUUUUUGUGAUGCUCAUCAUUGUCCUGCUUUUUAUGAGGAAGCUGAAAAAAGCUCAUGGAGUGUGGAAGAAAGAAAAUGAUGUUUCAGAGCAGACACUGGAGAGUUACAAAUCCAAAUCAAAUGAAGACAGUCCAGGCCAUGAGACAAAUGAACGUGUUGUCAAUCAGAAGUCCAACAUGCAAUAUGUAACAGAAGGCUAUGUGGAAACAACAUGGAAUAAUCCAAGAGACAAAACUGCCACAAUGAGUGAGAAACUGUUUGGAUGUGGGAAGGAAACAGAUGUGUAG